GGAUUCCAGAUCUAUGUGAAGUUAGAGAAACGCAGUCCAGGCAGUCUCAGCUGUGUCUGUCCAGCUCCGAAGGCCCCUCCGACUUCUGUGACAGCACUGUCAGCUGACUUCUACGUGAGCACGUCUAGCACGUCCUCUAAGCCAGACCCUGUGGAGCCGCUGCUUUCCAAGGCAGAGCACCGAGAGUACCAGGACGGCACUUCUCAGACAGUGCCUGACAUCCAAGACCACACUUCCCAGACGUCCCCUGAGAUAUCCCAGACGCGACUGUCUGAGGCCCCGGUCCGCCAGCAGCAUUUCAUUAAGCCGCAUCCGUGUAUUCCUGUAAUCUCGUGUGUUCCUCCGGUUCCGUGUGUUCCUUCAGUAACAACCUUAGCACCUCGCUUACUGUGUCCCAAUACACUGAGGAUAUUUUAUAAGAGCCCAAGGACAUCUUCCUGCGUACGUUCCACCUUUAACUCUGGCAGAUCUCAUGUGGGCCAGCCCAUUGUGGAGUUCCCGCUAUGCCGUGAUUCUGUAGUACCCACUGAGACUUCGUGGCGUCUGGAUUCCCAGAAGAAAACAGUCAGUGUGGUUGAGAGUAUGCCUCAGAAGCAGGAGGAGCAGGCCUCUAGCUCAGAGAGUGCCCCUGGUGACAUCCCCAAGUCUGAGCAAGCUGAGAAGAGAUCGGUGCCCCUAAGGAUUCCUUCCACAACUUUCUAUUAUAAGGAGGAUUUAAAAAUUGUUUCUGAACGUGUCCAAAGGCUCAUCGAUCGUUGGGAUUCAGAGCUCAUUGAGAUCAGUGCCCACACUGCCCCUAAGCCUACCCUGAAGACUGUGAGUAGUGGUAAGGAGGCAACCAAGCUCACCUUUUUUGAAAGUAAGGAGAUACCCGUGACUGUCGAUAAAGCAGGGAAGGUCAGGUCAGACCUUCAGGACAUUAAGGAGGUAUCAGAGUAUGAAUCCAAAACAGACAAAGGGCUCCACUCCCUCCUGGUGGAGGCGGAGAACAAUGCGAGGAAGCGAUUCAGCAAUGCCUCAGCUCUUCGAGCUGACACCGUGUCUCCUUGGCCCAGCAGGCUGGACGACUCCAAGGAGCCCUCUUUGAAGAAGGACUCGGUGGGCCUUUCCCAGAGGUCAACGAGGGAAGAAACCCUGGUCUCCACUGGGAAGGUGGAGACAAGUGCCCUCAGUUAUUUCCCUUCUCAGAGAGAGUCUGGGAGAACUUCUGUUGAGGAAAUGGAGAGUAAGGCCCGAGUGGCCAUGAGGGAGACCCUCAGACAGUACGAAAACGCCCGGUCGGUGCCAAGGUGUGAUCCGGGCAGAAGUGGUGCCAUCACUGGGCAUCCAGUGCCUCUGAUGCCUUUUGUAGAUAGCCAUUCAAGUAGUGACAUCAGUGAUGGGAGAGUUUCCUAUGUCUGGGACCCCUUUUUGGGAUACCUGCCAGCCAUCCCCAGCCAUGCAUAUAUGGGAGAUGUCCGGGAUCUGUCUGAUAGUGAUGAUGGCAGCAGUGAUGACUCCUUGGCUGCCCAUGUGGAGCAUCUUCUCAAGUGCGAGUCCCCUGUGAGCUUUGCCACACAGGUGCUGCGGAGUGCAGAGGAAGAGGAGUGCAGAGUUCGUGCACGUGCUUGGAAUCUCAAGUUUAACCUGGCUUCCAAGUAUGGGGACUUCAUGGCGGAUCUGGACGAAGAAGACAUGAGGAAGAUGGAGGAGAUCAAGGCUAGCCUGUUUGGCUGUGAGAGGCCACUGGACAUGAUCCAGGGUUUGCCGUGCCCGGUGGGGAUAAGAAAUAUCCCUGAAACAUUUUGUAAUCAUCUCUUUAUUGAAGCUCAUGAUAAAGGCUGCACCAGAAAUAUGGCCAAUGACCAAUCUGAAAGCGCUUCUCAUGGCUUCAGAUCUAAGGAGUCUGCAGAGGCGAAUCAAGGACAGUCAGCAGCAUCUUGGAGUGUGCAGUUUGCCAGCCAUGAAAAGCCAGCUAUCCAAAGCUCUCAGGCAAGAGCGUGGAGCUCUUCUAGGACGGGAAGCCACCAGCCAUUCUUGAGCUCCACAUCUGAGGCUCUUUAUGUUAGCAAGGUGGCAACAGGGCCAUUCCAUGAAGAGGCAGAGACACAGCUGGUGAGAUCUGUGGGACCUGCCCCCGGAUCCUCCCAAGAACCCAUCAGUUAUCCAUCUCAUCCGUCUGCGGGCUACUCCGAGUUCCACAGAAGCUCCCAGGGCUUCUGUGAUGCUCCGAUUGUGGUUCAGAUUGACCAAGCGCAAAGCCCUGUCCAUGCCUCCAAGAGACUGACUAUGCAGGCACUGAAGAGCCCUCCCACAAUUACAAGCCAAGCCCUGGCAAGUUCCCUAAGGAAAGAUCCAGUGCUCACAGGAAUUCGUGAUCGGGUAUCCAUUGAUUUGUCUGUCACCACAAGAAGCUUUCAAGACAGAGGACCACCAGAAGCACCAUCUACUAAAACUGCGGCUGAGCUCCAGCUCAGUACCAAGGACAGUUGGCCUGCUGACCCCCGGGACCUUGGUAGAGGCUUGAAUGCCAAGUCACUUGGAGGAAAGGAGCAAAGUCUCCCUUCUGGCAUUGCCCCUGAGGAGCAUCUGAAACAGUACCGGCCUCGGGAAGUCCUGCCUGGAGAGAGCCAGGGGAAACCUGGACGCUUCUCCCAGAUUCCUUUUUCCCAGCCUCCUCUUUCCCAGCCUCCUCUUUCCCAGCCACCUCUUUCCCAGCCACCUCUUUCCCAGCCACCUCUUUCCCAGCCACCUCUUUCCCAGCCUCCUCUUUCCCAGCCACCUCUUUCCCAGCCACCUCUUUCCCAGCCUCCCCUUUCUCAGCCUCCCCUUUCCCAGCAUCGCGGCCGUAUUGUGGCAGAACAGGGUCAGCUGAAGCAGAACCCACGUCAUGUAGCAGGCAUGGAGGCAGAGGCGGACUUCAGGAUACGUCCAAGCUCCCCACCUCUAGAUGGAGAAGUGUCUUCUCCAUUUCCAUGCUCUUCAAGCAAAAGGGCCAUCUCUUAUCUUCGGAUUACACUCUCCCCCAACCCUUGCAGUGGCAUGCUGAAUGGGGAGACCUUCCUGAAAAGGCAGCACACGAUGGAUGCUGGCACUAGAACAAGACUUCAUAAUUCACUGAGUGUGGCCCCAUGUCCCCCAAAGCCUUGCUUGCCUGUGCCUAUACUGCUGUGCCCUCCAGAAUCGACCAUACCGCUACCAGAUAACGAGUUCUUAGAUUGUCUACCUCACAGGAGUGGCCAGCCCUUGAAAUCUUUUUCAAGGCAAACCCAAGUUAAUUGUUCAGAUUUGGAGGCUUACUCACAUUCGAAAGGAGUGCCGAACAAUGAUAGCUGUGUAACAUUCGAUAACUCCAGGAAUGCAUAUCCUGCCCCUCCUCUCAAGUUAUCAUCGGAUGCCAACACUCAGAUAACAACAACUGAGGGUUCAGAAAAGACCACAAUUUCAUCAGAGAUUUUUAUUAGUUCUCACAUCCCUAACAAGCCAUCUCAUGGCCCAACUGCCCAGCCUUCACUGCUGCCAUACAAGCCUCCUGGAAGCACCACCAUGUAUUAUGUUCCAAACUCAGCGGAGCCACUUCUGUACCCUGUGGCCAAAUCCGAUACCACUGUGGAGAGCACCCAUUCAGGGUCCAAUGAUGCUAUUGCUCCAGAUUUCCCCCCUGAGGCUCUUGGCACAAGGGAUGAAAAUGUGUCUGACAUUGUAAACAUCAAACAUAAAGAGGGAAUCUAUAGCAAGAAGACUAAGUCAGCCUGGACUGAAGAAGAAAAUCCCACUACAAAAAGUGUGGCAGAAUCCAAGAAUCAGUUGGAAGCUGAAAACACAACUCAUUCUGUCUUCAAGUCAGCCCAGUUUUACUUUCACCAUCCGGUCCACCAUCACGAUUUCUUCUCCUGCUGUGAGCCCUGGGGAAGGGGCGCUCAGCUGCUUAACUCCAGAGGAGUCCCCGGGCUCUGUCCUUCUUUUGAUACUUUUGAAGACAACAAUGGGUUCUACCCGUUACAGACCGAAAUGGAUUACACCAGAAUAGAAAGUUACUGCGUGAACGUAGGGGGCUCUGAAGAGCGGGGGGCCCGGCAGCAGCCCGACAAGAGUCAUGAAGUCAGAGUUCCCACAGGGAGCCCGAGGAUCAGCUUCUCGCUAGCCCCGACGCUCCAGCCCAGCGCUAGUCUGAAUGACCUCUGGAACAGGUUUCAGGAGCGACAGAAGCAGCAGAAACUGCCGGCUUCCAACUCCUCCAAAGAGUUGUCCUUGGUUGACCGUCUAGAUCGCCUGGCCAAGGUCCUUCAGAAGCCCAUGAUGCUUUCUCUGCAGACUUCUGGGCCUGCCCAGGCUGAUGGCAGCGGGGAGGGCACCUGGCAGCAGCAGCAGGACACAGGGAAACACAAGCCAAAGAAGGAUGAAAAUGAACCCCACUCUCCCUGUGAAUUGAGAUGGGUCUCCCGGGCUUCGUUUGUCCUGACCGGGCGUCAUCAGAACAGGCCCGACCAUCCCAGAGAGGCAGGGGCUGAUUCCAUGAGCCUCAUCUCUUCAGACUCACUCAUGCCAGAGCCCUUGGACACCAUGUUUGAGUCUGACUCGAUGACCCAGACCGAUGGAGAAGCAGACCCGAUGGGUGAGGCAAGCAGCGAUGUAUCCAUGGCCCAGAAAGUCCUGGAAAGGAGGCAUGGAUCCCCCAGACGGCAGCACAGGCAGACGGAGGGGAGCAGUAGAGGAACAAAGGCUCGAUCAACCGCCCCUCAGGUCAGAAGAAAAGACAUUCAGGUGGAUUCUGUCACUUCCUUGGACUCUGGCUCGACUGACAGUAGUGCUUGCAGUCUACACCCUACUCCCAGGAAUAAGCAGAAUGUCCGGAUGUUAAAUAAGGCUGUUCAAACAGGGGAAUUGGAGAUGGUGAGAAGUACAAGGAAGCAUACUCAGGAUUUUGGGGUGACUUUUCCAACCCCAAAUCAUAACGUGACUGAAAAGAGAGCAGACAAUUAUGUGAACUAUUCAAAGACAGGAAGCAGUUCUGAAGAAAAGAAGCCUCUGACUCUGUACCUGUGGACCAAGAAGUCAAGGAAAAGUAAACCUAAUUGUUGUGAAGGGGUUUCCUGGUUUAUUCCUGCAGAAAACUUGAGAUGUGCCUCUAAGAAGGAGAAUCAGGCCAGUUGUGUCCGUGGCCCCGGCCCCUCCUGGUUCGCCUCUCUCACUUACAGCAAGCCCUGGAGGCAGCCCCUUCGAGAAAAGAACUGCCAGACCGAGAGCAGAGUGAGUUGUCGCCUCCAAGCCAUGUCGCCCGAUCUCAAUGAUGAUAAGGAGGCCCAGAGACGAUUUGUGAAGGCGGGCCUGCAGGAGUGCCUGGAGAGGAACCGUCCUGACUUCAUCUCCAGCUCGGGAGCCCGGGUGAAGCGGCUGAAGUUAAUCACAGAGGAGAGGAAACUGCAGCAUUUGUUACAGAGGGAGCGAGAUGCCUUGUUCAACACGACUGAGCAGCAGAAGGUGUCUCAGGAUUUUGCCUGCUUUCUCUCUAAGAAAGGUCACGUGACUUCGAGGAACAGGACAAUUACCAAGAAGGAAAUGGUGCAACGCUCAAAAAGGAUGUAUGAGCAGCUUCCUGAGGUGAGGAAGAAGAGGGAAGAAGAGCAGAGGAGGUCGGCCUACACUGCCUACCGCUUUAAGGCUCAGCUCUACAAAAUGAAAAUCACCAACCGUGUCUUAGGGAGAAAAAUCCCCUGGGACUGACAAGCAAGAUGAUCUCCUUUCAAUUCCUAGAUGUGGAUUUUAGGGUUUUAAAAAUUCUAGACUUCUGUCUGGGUGGGUACAAUGUGUGGAUAGUAGUUGGAUAAAUGUUUUUGUGUGUGUUUAAUAAUAGUUCAUUUUCUUGUGCAGAUUAGAAAUAAUCACUUUGAGGGGACUGGGGAGUCCGGGCUGCUGAUUCGAAUCACUAGUGGUGGGUGGAUGUUGCUUUCUCUUGGUGACUCUUCCCCACGACUGGAAACGAUGGCUCGCUCUCAUUUCCUCCCAGAAGCAGGGCUGUUUUGUGUGUUUUUGUACUUAAAAAUAAAUGACUUUUGACUUAAAGCAAAGAAA